UAAUAAUCAAAGUUAUGAUGAUGAGGGAUGUCAAAUUAGUGCUAUUAGAUAUGACGAAACUAUUGAAUGGAUUCCUUUUGAUAAAUUACAAAUCAUACAGAAUAUUUCAAAUACAAAAUUUUUAGCAGUUUGGAUUGAUGGCAUACGAAUAAUUUCUGGAAAUCCUGGAAAAUAUAUACAAUCACGUAGACCAUCUAGUGUUGUCACACUAAUAACUUUUUCCAGUUCACAAAAAAUUCCUGCUGUAUAUUUAAAGAAUACCUCAAAUAUAAAAUUUUUGGCUGUUUGGAUUGAUGGCAUACGAUUAAUUUCUGGAAAUCCUGGAGAAUAUGUACAAUCACGUAGACCAUCAAGUGCUGUUACGCUUAUGACAUUUUCUGGCUCGCCAAUCAGUCCUGUUGAUUUUUUAAAGAAUGAUGAAGAUGAUCAGGAUGAGGUUGAUGAACUUGAUGAGUUUUAUGAAUCUGACGAAUUUGAUGAGAAAUCAGAGAUAUGUAAUAAAUUUUGGGAAGCUGACGACAUAAUUCAACAACAACCAAUAACUACACAACAAAAUUUAGACACCGCAUAUACAAGUCAACUUAUUGAUGUUAAUGAAAUUUCUAAACGAUUUAAUGCAGAAAUUGAGUCAGGUAACAUAGUAG